GUCGGCCCGAGCAAGUAGCAGUCGAUGUCCUCCGCGCCGCCACGCCUGUCUGUGGGCCCCAUCAUCUCGACCUACGACGAAGACGUCGCGCUUGCGAAUAUGCUGAGCCCCAAGCCCGACGAUCGCAUGGAGGAGAUUGUGGUCGACUACAACGACUUUGUCGAGCUUGGCAACGCCAUGUCGUCCAUCGGUGUGGUGCACGAAGCGUUCGUCUACGAUGGUACGUCCGGUACGCUACGUGCCAUCACCCAUCAUGCGCUCGACGACGAUCGUGUCAAGAUGGAACCGCCAACGGAUGCAUCGUCGUUCUCUUACCAAGCCUUUCUGGGAGAUGAGACCAAUAUCGCGACGCUGCCCAAGAAGCGCGAGACGUGCGACUACCCUGCGUGCAAGCGCGCCCCGUCUGGCAGCACGACUCGUUGCAUCAGUCACGGCGGCGGCAAGACGUGCGGUGUCGACGGCUGCAACGUCGCGGCGCAGUCGCUCGGGUGGUGCAAGAAGCACGGCGGUGGUCCGCGCUGCACUGUCGACGGCUGCACCAAGAGCGCACAAGGCCACGGCAAGUGCAAGGCGCAUGGCGGUGGCACACCGUGCGGCGAGCCGGGCUGCCAUAAGCGCGCGCAGCGCGGCCAGCGCUGCGGUGAGCACGGCGGCUUUGUCCUGUGCGCAAGUCCCGAGUGCCCCCGGAAGGACCGUGGCGGCGGCCUCUGCAACGUCCAUCGCAAGCCGUUCGAGUGCCAAGUCCCGCGCUGCAAGCGGCUUGGCAAAGUCGAUGGCAUGUGCACGCAGCACUACAAGGAGCUCGAGAAGCGCGACAAGACCGCUCCCAACGACGGCACCUUCUUCUUGUAGCGAGCUGCACCGUCACGAGGUUGUCGGCGUCGCGUUGCCCGACACAUUCAUCGUCGCCGCCCGGACCACCGUGUACAAUAAGCCAUUGGCGUCCU